CAAUAAUUACAGUAUCCGACUCAGGAUAUCAUUUUAGACCACAGAAUUAUCCACUGAGAAUAUUAUCAGACUGCGACAUUAUGUGGACUAGUAGAAUCAACUAUUUACAAAUUUUACUGGGGGUUUUACUCUUAACUUUUGGAAACAUUGAAGUUGAUGCAACUUCCAUUGAUGAACCUUCCGAGUCACCGCCUCCUAAAUCCUUCAAUGAACUAGAUCUCAACUACUAUAAACCAAUCAUGUACUCACGUUGGCUCACCUCCGCAGACAUGUACAUCAAACUAAUGACCACGACAUUCAGCUCUCGAACGGUUAGGAAAAUUGUUAGUCCGACUGAUUUGGAUAGAAAUUUCAAACUACGCGCUGAUUUGAGUUAUUUGGUUGUUGUUAAAGCUAUUUUGUUUAACUAUUUCACUCAGAAUCCAACUCAUAAAACAGUAUUUGAAACUGCGAUAAAGAAAUGGAGAGAUCAGUGUUUCAUCUCUCCGAAAGAGUACGAGGCUCUGAGUCCGUCUCAAAUUCGGGCGAAAACAGCUAAUAUUGAAUCACAUUCAAGAUUCAACGCCUUUGAUGAAGUGAUUGAAAUUGAACGUCGGGGAAUGACCAAUUAUAAAUUGCUGAGGUCUGCUAUUACAAUUGAAGCCGCCAGAUAUAUUAUGAUUGCGUCCCAACCUUCUGAUAGGCGAAAUAUUUUAGUGAAAUUUUCCAAGUAUCUUGACAAUGGUGGGAUAGCAAAAGUUGUAAAAAAAUCGAAGUUGACCAAUGAUGAGAAAAAUGAGUUGAGUAAAUUUUUGGUUAUUUGUAGUGCUCUUAGGGAUGAGUUGUAGAGGUAAUAGGUAACAGGUUAUAGUAAUAGGUAAUAGCAUAGAGAAACAA